GACACGGGCAGUAAAGGCGAUCUGAAAGGGGGCUGCUGUCACUCUCCAGCGAGAGAGGCGCCUGUCUGCUCCGAGCAGCUCCUGCUGUCCAUGCAGCACCAGCAGCAGCACCGCACGCCUUCUGCACUGGUUACGGCGCUCGGUUUGCGUAACCGUUAAGGGUUUUUUUUUUUUUUGUUAUUAUACUACUCGGACGGUCAUUAUUCAUCGUUUUUUUUUUGCCUUUGUGGGUUACAAAGAACCCCGCAACACGGUCCUGAUGCCGAGGGAUGGAUAACUCGUCUGUCAAAGGUGGAAAGAUGGUCGAGAAUGGUGCAGAUCUGGAACUGGGUAGUACUGCUGGAGCUGGAGGCUGUGGCGGUGGGACCGCGAUGGCCGCUUUGCAGCAGUGUGAAGUCAUCCAAAAUAUGAUCGACAUCUCUCUCUUGAACCUGCAAGGGCUCCGGACCAAAUGUGCAGCUUCCAACGACCUGACUCGACACGAGAUCCGCACUUUAGAGGUGAAGCUGGUGAAGUACAUCGGCAAGCAGCUGCAGUGUAAACACAAAGUGCCCGUGAGCAAUCGGUCAACGGCCCUGGACAGCUUCCCGAGACUGAGCGACUGGCUGAAAACCGUUAACCUGAGGAGAGAGGUCACCCAGGCAGUUUCAGGGGAGCUCUCCUUCGAUGCUCUGCUGCAGAUGUCCAGUUUGCAGGUCAGUGACGCCAUGAGGCGAUUCGGCUCCAGCUCUGAGGAGUGCUCCCGGCUCAACGCUGCCCUCUCUUGUCUGCAGAACGCAUGUAAAUCAGGAGAAGAGCUGCGAGAACACUCCUGCCAGUGGAGCUCUUCAGAAACGCAGAGACGAGAGAGCAGCGGGACCCCCCCGGAGCAGCUGUCCUGUCUGGGGGGGCCUGUCCGACCGCACAGCCCCUCCCCUCUCGCUCGCACCCCAUGCAGCCAGCCCCGUUCAAUCUCCGUGUCUGCCAUCCCCACCUCGGACUGCCCGGCGCCCACGCACCCGGGGGUGUACCUCUACAUGGACCCCUUCUCCCCCUGCACGCCCCCCCUCACCCCCCCCUGCAAGAGGAAGAGCAAGCUGAAGCCCCCGCGCACGCCGCCACCCCCCUCUCGCAAGGUGCUGCACCUGCUGCCCAGCUUCUCCACCCUGACCCGGAGCAAGUCCCACGAGUCCCAGCUGGGGAACCGCAUCGAGGAGCUGCCCCAGAACAAGAGUUGUAAGAACAAGCUGCUCCUUGGUGUGCAGAUCAACGGGGGAGGUGCCUGUGAGGACCCUCCUGCCCGCUCUCCUGUGAUCUCCUUGAGAGCGCAGUGCCACCCCGCCCCCUCUCCCGCUCCCACGGCCGGCACCCCCACACUCCUCGACGAGUACAGUGCACAGAAGAAUAACAUCCAGCGUGGGUCCCCACAAACAGCGAGACGGGAUAUCGGGUUAGCAGUCACGCACAGGUUCUCUACCAAGUCAUGGUUAUCUCAGACAUGCCAGGUGUGUCAGAAGAACAUGAUGUUCGGGGUGAAAUGUAAACACUGCAGAUUAAAAUGCCAUAACAAAUGUACAAAAGAAGCUCCUUCCUGCAGAAUAUCGUUUCUUCCAAUCGAAAAAAUCCGAAGAACGGAAUCGGUGCCUUCGGAUAUCAAUAACCCGGUGGACAGGCCCGCGGAGGCACCUCAGUUUGGGACGCUUCCGAAGGCGCUGACGAAGAAGGAUCAUCCUCCAGCAGUAACCCAGCUGGACUCCAGCAGUAACCCGUCAUCGACCACUUCCUCCACCCCCUCCUCUCCAGCCCCCUUCCAGCAGUCCAACCCCAACAGCGCCACCCCGCCCCCCAACCCCUCGCCCAAGGGUCACCGCGACAGCCGCUUCAACUUCCCCGCUGCCUGCUACUUUCAUCACAGACAACAGUUUAUCUUCCCAGAUGUGCCCAGUUCACCUCUGCCAGUGAUCAUGCAACCUGUAAAUCCAGAAGACACUGUUGUGGUUCAGCCAUCAGAGACUGAAAUGGAGGAGCAGGAAGUGGGGAACGACUCGGAGGAGCUGGAGGAGGGCGAGUCGGAGGAGACGAAAGGGGAGUCGGAGGGGGAGUAUGAAGCAGACGAGCUUGACGACCUCCCCAGCUCCCGGGGCCACUGGAAGGGGCCGAUCUCGCGCAAGGCCAGCCAGACCAGUGUCUACCUUCAGGAGUGGGACAUCCCCUUCGAGCAGCUGGAGCUGGGGGAGCUGAUCGGCAAGGGCCGCUGGGGCAAGGUGCACAAGGGCCGCUGGCACGGGGAGGUGGCAAUCCGGCUGCUGGAGAUCGACGGCAACAACCAGGACCAUCUGAAGCUCUUCAAGAAGGAGGUGAUGAACUACCGGCAGACGCGCCACGAGAACGUGGUGCUGUUCAUGGGAGCCUGCAUGCACCCACCACACCUCGCCAUCAUCACCAGCUUCUGUAAAGGACGGACGCUUUACUCUGUUGUGAGAGAUGCCAAGAACACCCUUGAUAUCAACAAGAUCCGCCAGAUAUCUCAGGAGAUAGUGCAGGGGAUGGGCUACCUGCAUGCGAAGGGCAUCGUCCACAAGGAUCUCAAGUCCAAGAAUGUGUUCUACGACACAAACAAAGUGAUCAUCACGGAUUUCGGACUCUUUGGAAUAUCUGGAGUUGUACAAGAAGGAAGGAGGGAGAACGAGCUGAAGCUGCCUCACGGCUGGAUCUGCUACCUGGCCCCGGAGAUCGUGCGUCAGAUGGCUCCAGCGAAGGACGAGGACAGGCUUCCCUUUUCCAAAGCGGCUGACGUUUAUGCGUUUGGGACGAUUUGGUACGAGCUGCAGGCCCGUGAUUGGCCCAUCAAGAACCAGCCGGCCGAGUCCACGAUAUGGCAGGUGGGCAGCGGAGCGGUCAUCAAGCAGGUCCUGGCACAGGUCAGCCUGGGCAAGGAGGUGACGGAGAUCUUGUCGGCGUGCUGGUCCUACGAGCCUCCUGAUCGACCCACCUUCACCCAGCUCACAGAUCUGCUGGAGAAACUGCCAAAACUCAACAGGAGGCUGUCCCACCCCGGCCACUUCUGGAAGUCUGCAGAGUUGUAGCUGUUGGAGCAAUAACCGCGGUUGCCUUGCAUGCUUCCAAACAAAGUGUGUUCCUCCUAAAACUACAACAAGUCAACUGCUGCUGCUGCUGCUGCUGCUUCCAUUAACAAAGCAAAAAAUCAACCCAUCUUCCAGCCGGAACUGUCGGACAUGACAACGAAUCGGCCAGCUUGAUUAACCCCUUCCCGACUUCCUGCCCUGCUACAUGCCUUGCCCUGGCUCUGAUCUAUCUGCAGAAAGCGUUCUCCUGUAAACCAGUGUAAGGGUAGCACUGGUAGCAGAAGCAGGAGCGGUGACACGGGACCGGUUUCUUUUGUUACAGCAGCGCUGCUUCUUUGCUAUAAACUCCUGCAAAGUAAUCUGUUCGUGUGAAUUGAGUUUCGCAGUACUGCUGAUGGAACUAACGCCACGGAGAGCUUUACAUGACAGCCCAUUGAUUUGAAGAUGAACGGAGGGAGAUUUUGAUGCUGUGUCUAAAGCGAUGUGCACUGCCGGGCCCAGUUUCAUUUCGGAGAGCACAGUUUAUCUAAAAAUCCUGUUCAUAUUCAUUUUUAAUACAGGGUCUCUGGGCUGUCCUUAACUCUUUCAGUGUGAAAUCACGUUGGACCCUCACGGGACUCCUAGGGCCCAGUCUGAGGCCGUGUAGAAAUAUAUUACAUGACUUUUUUUUUGUCCUGUUCUCGUGUAUGCUCAAUAAAGGAGCUCCUUCAGAAUCCAGGACUGAAAGGGUUAACACGUCUGCUCCCUGUUUAAUUCCCCCUGUCCCUGUUUCCACAGAUCCAGACAUUGAAAGAUAGCUCUUGCACUAGUGCAGCUUGGUCUACAUUCGGCUAUAAACCUUACAUUCAAUCCCAUUCAAAAAAUGAUUUUUUAAAAAUAUCCCAACUUGUUUACUAGUUGUAAAAGCUCUUCUAUAAACAAAGCAAAAAAAAAACCAAGGAGCAAGGUAGCAAGGAAUAUUUUUUAAAUUUGACUUAAGAUUUUAGUGUUUUUAUUUAAUUCCCCCACCCCAGCACAAACGGUAGCAAGGUUGUCUUCCGGUGAAAACGCUUGGCUUGGGAGUCCUGCUUGCGGAUUGAUUUACAUUGUGAAAGCCCCGGUGUGCAAGGACAGAACGUGCAGGAUGUGAAAUAUUAUUGCCGAGCUCAACUAGGGAGUCUAAAGGUCGCGAGUGUGUGUUUGGAGGGUGAGGCAGUACGUGUCGCUUUGCUUAAAAAGAUUCAUUAGAAUAAGAAGCUCCUGCUUGAAUAGACUGUAGCUGUGCUUUAUUGAGUCAGGGCUCUUCCCCCUGCCAGUGCAUGUUAGAAUGCUGUCUAGCACAAACCACUCUGUCUCGCCAGUGCCCUCCCAUGCCCUCCCUGCAGCGACUAGCGGGCCAGAUUAACAAGAAGUGCAGGAGCGCGUGCUACUUUGGAGCUACCCAGGGGCACUGAGGAUUCCCCAGCUGUUCCUUCUAGCUGUGCGUUCGAAUGUGACAUUAUGGUAGUUGCUGUUGCAACAGAAAACGACAAGAGAUUUUUUAUUUUUUUUAAACCCGUUUGGUUUAAGUCUUAAAACAUGUAUCAUGAAUGUGUAUUUUAUUUUCUAUUUUUUACAUAGCUAGGUUGUAGCAUAUUUUUUUUGGUACUGAUAAAAGUUCUGAAAGACUACUGAACUCAGCUUGCUGUGUUUUCAUUUUUUUAA